AAUUUGUCUCAAGACGAUUUUUGAAUUGCGUGCUCUGAGUUUUGUCCCUACGUGGCAUCCGUAUCAACUUGGUUAAUCCAAGAUGGCGGCCACCACCGUUGGAAACGAUCUUAUAGACAAUGAUCUUCCCACUGCUGUGCGUCUACUCAACAGUCUCACAGAACAGGUUGCUUCAGUAACAAGUCAUGUCCGGGACCUGAUAAAGAAAGUCAGAGAGAAAGCUUAUCAGACCUCAAAGGGUUUGUCUUUUUUGGACUUGAGAUAUCAUCUAUUACUGUUUUACCUUCAAGACAUCACUCAUUUGAUCAGUUUAAAGACAGAAGGGGAAAGUCUGAAGGACAACAGCGCCAUCCACAGGCUAGUCACCAUAAGGACG